ACAAACUUACAAUUGCUUUCAAAAACAAAAACGGCAGGUCAAGCGGGACUGACCUAUUAAAUGAAUUUCCCACGUCAUUUUAAGUCUCUUCAAAACUAUUCACAGAACUCCCAAAAUCAGCCUCUUAUUUCAAAAUCUAUAAGCUCCUGGUGUAGAUUCCUUCUUCUAUGCAGCUUUAUUGGAUAGAGCACAACAUCAUGAAAGCAGCUCAGGAGACUACUCUGCGUCUCCUCCUCCUCCAUAUUUUCUUGCUCUUUUUGCUUCCAUUGGAGGCCACGUCAUCACAAAUAAUACAAGCUGAAGCUCUCCUAAAAUGGAAGAACAGCUUUACUUCUUCACCACCUUCUCUGAAUUCAUGGUCGCUCACAAAGGUGUGCAAUUGGACUGCCAUUGUCUGCGACUGCAAUACCAAAACAGUUUCUGAAAUUCACCUUGCAAACUUCAACAUCACUGCAACUCUAACGCAGUUCAACUUCGACAAGUUUCUCAAUCUCACCCAUUUCAACCUCAAUGGCAACAAUUUCUCAGGGCCUAUACCAUCUGCCAUUGGCAACCUCACCAACCUCACAACUUUGGAUUUGGGCAACAAUCUUUUUGCACAGGAAGUUCCUGUGGAGAUGGGCAAUCUCAAAAAGGUACAAUAUCUGCUUCUUGGAAGUAACUACUUAGAGCCUGCCGAUUGGUCUAAAUUUUCAGGCUUUCCUGUGUUGACUUUCCUUGAUCUUUCUAUGAACAAACUAGACUCAAAAUUUCCAGAAUUUAUAUCUGAAUGUAGGAACUUGACAUUCCUAGAUUUGUCUCACAAUGCUUUGACUGGCCAAAUACCAGAAGUGGUAUUUACCAAUCUGGUCAAGCUUGAAUAUCUCAAUCUCACCAGUAACCAAUUCCAAGGGCCAAUGCCAUAUAACUUUCCCAACCUCAAACACCUUUAUUUGGGAUUGAACGACUUUAGUGGUCCAAUUCCUGAAGACAUAGGUCUGUUAUCUGGUCUGGAAAUUUUUGAAGUGCUUAACAAUUCCCUUGAAGGGAAAAUCCCAUCCUCCAUAGGCCAACUCAAGGAGCUUCAGCACCUUGAUUUUUCAGCAAAUUCAUUAAACUCUUCAAUCCCUUCUGAGCUUGGUUCAUGUACCAACCUCACUUUCUUGGCCUUGGCUGUGAACAAACUCAGUGGGGAAUUGCCUCUGUCCUUGUCAAAAUUGACCGACUUGGUGAAUUUGGGUUUAUCUGAUAAUCAAUUUACUGGGCCAAUCUUGCCUUCUCUGGUUUCCAAUUGGACUGCAAUAGCCUCUAUUCAAUUCCAAAACAAUAGCUUCAGUGGCAACAUUCCAGCAGAAAUUGGCCUAUUGACAAAUCUUAAUAUCCUCUUUCUGUACAAAAAUAAUUUCACCGGCCCAAUUCCCUCAGAGAUAGGAAACUUGCAAGCUAUGACAAGUUUGGAUCUGUCGGGAAACCAGCUCUCCGGGCCUAUUCCUAUGGCAUUCUGGAAUCUCACUAAUCUUCAAAGUGUACAGCUUUUCUCCAAUAACCUCCGUGGCACAAUCCCGCCAGAGAUUGGAAACAUGAGUUCCAUGGUUAAAUUUGAUGUCAGCAGAAACCAACUUCAGGGGAAGUUGCCAAAAACUAUUUCUCUCCUUAGAAAACUAGAGGGGUUUUCUGUUUUAAUUAAUAGGUUUUCGGGGACCGUUCCCAGUGAUUUCGGGAAGUAUAGUCCUAACUUGACAGUUGUUAACUUCGCGGAGAACAGCUUCUCUGGAGAGUUGCCGCCAGACUUGUGUAGUGGAUUUGCCUUGCAGAUAUUCUCAGUGCAGUUCAACGACUUCACAGGGCCAUUACCUGGGUGCUUGAGAAAUUGUACUGCAUUAACAAGAGUGCGGCUUGAUGAGAACCAAUUCACCGGGGAGAUUACCAACGCAUUUGGUGUUCAUCCUAGCCUCAAAGUAAUAUAUCUAAGUCAGAACAAGUUCGUUGGUCAACUCUCGCCACAAUGGGGAGAAUGCAAAAACAUCACGGAUAUGAAAAUGGACGGAAAUAGAAUUUCUGGUCAAAUCCCACCUGAGCUUGGCCAGUUGACACAGUUGCAGUGUCUGACUCUAAGCUCUAAUGAAUUCAGUGGGGAAUUUCCAGUUUCCAUUGGGAAUCUAAGCUUGUUGUUUACUCUUAAUCUCAGCAGGAACCACUUGACGGGAACUUUCCCUCAUGUUUUAGGCAAAUUGACUAAGCUCGAGCUUCUUGAUUUGUCUGAUAAUAAUUUUACAGGGGUAUUACCAGUCGACCCUGGAACGUUUCAGAGGUUAACAAGCUUGAACACAAGCCACAACAAAUUAUCAGGUGGAAUACCUGAGGAGAUUGGUAAUCUACACCUGCGGUAUCUGUUGGACUUAAGCAGCAAUUCGUUCUCGGGAUCACUACCGUUGAACCUUGCCAAGCUUAUAAUGCUGGAGAUUCUUAAUGUCUCGCAUAACCAACUCUCCGGGAAUAUCUCAUCAACAUUUUCCAGAAUGGUUAGUCUUGUCGGCAUUGAUUUUUCUUACAACAACUUGACAGGUCCAAUCCCAACUGGUGGCAUUUUCCAAAAGAAGCUUCCGAUUAAUGCUUUCAUUGGAAAUAGUGGUUUGUGUGGUGAAACAGAGGGACUAACUCCAUGCACUUCGGGUCCCGUAAAGUCCAACAAGAAAAUUCUUGUUGGCGUCCUUGUUCCCAUUUUUGCUAUAUUGCUGAUGGUGACCAUAUCUGCUGUAAUCCUUAAGUUCUGCAAGAAAUCAAAGCUUGGAGAAAUCGAUCAUCCUAAGGUGUCUAAAAGUUUUGAUUCAAUUAUUUGGGGAAGACAUGGUAAACUGACAUUUUCUGAAAUCAUCACUGCCACCGAGAACUUUGAUGAAAAGUACCUCAUUGGAAGAGGAGGUUUUGGAAGUGUCUACAAGGCUGUAUUGGACAGAGGCAAAGUCGUUGCAGUUAAGAAAUUGAAUAUGUCAGAACAUUCUAAUGACGACAUUGCAGAAUUGAAUCGCAAGAGUUUUGAGAAUGAGAUAAGAACUUUGACAGAAGUGAAGCACAAAAAUGUAAUAAAACUUUAUGGGUUCUGCUCCUGGAAGGGGUGCUUGCACUUGGUGUAUGAAUAUGCAGAGAGAGGCAGUUUGAAAAUGGUAUUGUAUGGAGUGGAGGGGGAAGCAGAAGUACUUGGGUGGGGCACGAGGGUGAAAGUUGUGCAAGGAAUAGCUCAUGCUAUUUCUCACUUGCAUAAUGAUUGCUCUCACCCAAUCAUUCACCGCGACAUAACUUUGAGCAACAUAUUACUAGAUCGAGCUUUCGUGCCACGCCUAUCUGACUUUGGAAUAGCAAGACUAUUGAGCUCAGAUUCCUCAAACUGGACUGCUGUAGCGGGGUCUUAUGGCUACAUGGCUCCAGAGCUCGCAUUCACAAUGCACGUGACAGAGAAGUGUGAUGUAUACAGCUUUGGAGUGGUGGCAUUAGAAAUCAUGAUGGGAAGGCAUCCAGGAGAGCUACUGAAUUCUCUAUCGGAAAAUGGAGAUAUGCUUUUGAAGGAUUUGCUAGACCAGCGACUUCGGUCUCCUUCAAGUCAAUUAGCAGUGCGAGUGGUUUCCUUGGCAACGAUGGCCUUGGCCUGCACCAGCACUAAUCCCGAUUCACGACCCACCAUGCAUUAUGUGGCGAAAGAACUAUCAUCCACUAGGACCCGGACUAGCCUCUCUGAGCCGUUAGGCACAAUAACCAUCAAUGAGUUGGCAGGUUUUCAUAACUAGAAGUGGCUGAAAUAAAAAAGGGGUUUAACAAGUAACAACUAAAUCCCUUCUCCAAAAUUGACAGUCUUGCAUUUCCACUAGUUUCUAGUUAUUUGGUGUAUAAAUGUAUUAUUAUAGUGCCAGCAAUUUAAGGUAUAAUAAGUAGUAUUUCUGUUGAUGUAAAACUCAAAUAACUGGUACAGUUGUACUAUAACUGAAGUUAGUUCUGCUCAUCAUGUCUUGUGCAAUA